CACACAGAGUUUAUCAUAGCGAGAUUAUAAUAUAGAUAGUUAUCACAUAGGGAGGUUAUCAUAGAGAGGUUAUAACAUAGAGAGGUUAUCAUAGAGAGUUAUCACAUAAAGAGGUUAUCAUAAAUAGUUAUCACAUAGAGGGGUUAUCAUAGAGAGUUAUCACACAGAGAGGUUAUCAUAGAUAGUUAUCACCGAGAGGUUAUCAUAGAGAGUUAUCACAUAUAGAGCUUAUCACACCGAGAGGUUAUCACAAAGUGAGAUUAUCACAGAGAGCUUUCACAUAGAGAGGUUAUCACAUAUAGAGGUUAUCACAUAUAGAGGUUAUCACAUAUAAUGGUAAUCACAUAGAGAGGUUAUCACAUAGUGAGUUUAUCAUAUGGUGAGGUUAUCAUAGAGUGUUAUCACAUAGCGAGGUUAUCAUAGAGUUAUCACAGAGAUCCUAUAGAGGGGGAUGUGUUGUAAACAGUGGAAAUAUGUGUAAUGUAAAGGGAGGGGUUCUAAAUACAGUUACAAGCAGGAGAAACAUAGUCUCCUUCCUGUAGAGGACAGGGAUGUAUUUUACCUGGCAGGAGAAAUGAGGUCCGUGUGUUCUACAGACUAGAGAGAAGGGAGAAGGGGUACACUACAGUACAGGGGAUAAGCAGUGUCAUGGUAACUGGAGGGGUGUGUAGAAGAAGAAUCGAGCGAAGGGGAAAGAAAGGAACAAGGUCUUCUUGCAUAAAGGAACAAAAAAAGAAGGAAGGAAAAGAAGGGAGAAAGAAAGUGUUUGAAGCUUGGGAGAGAGACACUAGAGCAGAACCGACCCGGCCAGUGAGAGGGCAUAUAUGGCUCACCAAGCACCAGUACUGCAGUUAGGGCAUACAUCUUGUAUAGGAAAUGGCUGUUGAGGCAUUCAGCCCAGCCAAGGCGGGCAGGCAGGCAGUGCACUAACGUCAGGAUGGAGCACUUAGGCCGAGCCUGUGCGCACUGCCUCUCUCUCUGCCUGUAACUAACGACGGGCUUGGAGGCUGGGGGAGAAGAGGAGGGGAGGGGUCUGCAUGUGUGAGAUGGAGAGGAAGAGAGAGAAGGCAGCGGUAGAAGCAUGUCCGACUCGAGCGCUACAGGACUCAUCGGUAAUAAGGGUUCAGCUGAUUCCUACACUAGUAGACCCUCGGAUUCCGACGUGUCCCUGGAGGACGACCCCGAGGCGUCUCGGCUUGAAGCCGAGCGCCAGGCCCAACUGCAGCUGGAGAGAGCCAAGUCGAAACCGGUAGCAUUUGCAGUGAAGACCAACGUGAGUUACUGUGGGGCUUUAGAUGGGGACUGUCCUGUCCAAGGUGCUGCUAUCAACUUUGAAACCAAAGACUUUCUACAUAUAAAAGAGAAAUACAGCAAUGACUGGUGGAUCGGUCGGCUGGUGAAGGAGGGGGCGGACAUCACCUUCAUCCCCAGCCCGGUGAAACUGGAGGCCAUGCGGAUCAAACAGGAACAAAAACAGGCACAGAGGAAAGCAGCGAACACAUCGUCCAGCUGGAGGUCCACACCACCAUCUGCAGCCAAACAGAAGCCAAAGCAGACAGAGCAUCUCCCACCCUAUGAUGUUGUUCCCUCCAUGAGGCCGGUGGUGUUGGUGGGGCCCUCCCUAAAAGGCUAUGAGGUAACAGACAUGAUGCAGAAGGCCCUGUUUGACUUCCUGAAACACAGGUUUGAUGGGAGAAUCUCUAUCACACGGGUGACUGCUGAUCUGUCAUUAGCCAAAAGGUCUGUACUGAACAAGAAGGCCAUCAUGGAGAGGUCCAACACACGCUCCAGUCUAGCUGAGGUCCAGAGUGAGAUUGAGAGAAUUUUUGAGCUGGCUAAGACCUUACAGCUCGUAGUUCUGGAUGCAGACACCAUCAACCACCCAACACAACUCCUCAAAACAUCCCUGGCUCCUAUCAUCGUUUAUGUUAAGGUGUCCUCUCCAAAGGUUCUUCAGAGGCUCAUCAAAUCUCGUGGGAAAUCUCAAAGUAAACACCUCAACGUACAGAUGAUGGCAGGAGACAAACUAGCACAGUGUCCACCCGAGAUGUUUGAUGUGAUCCUGGACGAGAACCAGCUGGAGGAUGCAUGUGAACACCUGGCAGAGUACCUGGACAUCUACUGGCGCGCCACUCACCUGCCCUGUUCCACCCCCCUCAACCCCCUAUUGGACCAAAGCGUGGUCACUCCGCCCUCUGCUAACUCCAGCCAACAGUUCUCAGAGACUCAAGAGUUAAUAGAAUGAUCACUACCUAGCUACCACAGACACAGACCUGGAAGCAGCCACUGCUGUGGUUCAGAGGUAAGGGGUCAGAAGUCCGAGGUCACUGGGGGUCACGGGGGGACCAGGGGUCGGCAGCCUUCGUUCCUGUCUGGAUAGGCACCAUCUCCACAGGCCUGCCCCUCUCAAUCCUGGAGAGGUAGAAGGAGGUGGGGGACAGGGCAGCUUGCAUCUGAGAAAGGCAGAAGGAGAAGGAGGUUGAGGAGCAGUAAGAGGAGCAUGACGAGGAGGAGGAAGAGGAGAACACCCCCCCACCCCCCUGAUAAAGACGGACCCCCAUCUCCACGCUGCCCCCUGCUGGAGAGUCCUCCCAGAGCCCCCUGACUGAUCCCACAGCCACAUGAUGCUUCUCAGGGCCACGCACUGCAACAGCACGCAACAGGAAAACAAACCAGAGUAGUGACCGGACCUCCAGCUUGACCCAGACCAAACCCUCUCGCCCCUUACAUCCCCAAACCUCACUCUUCGCCCCCACCCUAACCCUCACCGCUAUCAGCACUCAAAACCUCGAUAGUACCCAAACAGUUAUGUAAAACCCAAACCUUCACCACUGAACCAGCCCAUGUGUUUCCACUAAGGGCAGGCCUUUCCAGACACAGAUGGGUUGGUCCAGGUCUAGACAGUUCACACUCUGAAACAACAAGUGUAAUCUAAUGAUUAAUAAUGCUUAGACUGUUGCAUAGUGUGGCAUAGGUCUCUUCCUAAAAUCACUGUCCAAUCAGAAUUUAUGAAUGUGCUUAGAGUACAGUACAGUAGGGUAGAGUACAGUACAGUAGGGUAGAGUACAGUACAGUAGGGUAGAGUAUAGUACAGUAGGGUAGAGUACAGUAGGGUAGAGUAUAGUACAGUAGGGUAGAGUACAGUAGGGUAGAGUAUAGUACAGUAGGGUAGAGUACAGUAGGGUAGAGUACAGUAGGGUAGAGUACAGUAGGGUAGAGUAUAGUACAGUAGGGUAGAGUACAGUUCUAAAGAUGUACUGAGGAACAUGGCAAUGAAGGACAAUGACAUAUCUCCCAUAUUUACAAACCACUUCUGGAUGGCUUCCGCCACCACCAUUUUCUGUGAGUCGCCAUUUAAAGAUUGGACCAAAUUGUUUGCUGUAAUUAGGGCACACUGGGCACCACCGUGUUCCGAUGUGUUCAGGCACCUGGUCAGUACUAUCUGUAAUGACCAGAACUUGAUCUCUUCCUUUAUUGCUUGCGUUCUCUUGCUUGACAGCUUGUUUUUUUUCAUGGCCUGUCUGGUAUUGUGUUCCCGUAACAGACUGGUAUUGUAGGCCUUAUAUAGUGACACGGAGGAAUAAAGUAUGCAUGAAUUGAAGCACAUCAAAGCACAUUAUCAAAGCACAAACUUGCACAUUGCCAUCUACAGCUCUUGUGUAUCUUUAUCAUGUUUCAACAGAAUGUACCAACAGGAGGUCAGAGUAGCUUAGCCAUUAAAUUCACCAAUCUGAUCGCAGGCACCCAGAUAAAAGGAGUCAGGUCACGCACGUUGUUUUUCAUUUAUUUUUAUGACCAAAAACAUCAUCAGUACUUGAGGAGAUACAUUGACAUUGAUGUGUAAGUUCAAAACGUUUAGGGCACACAGAAAAACUCUCCCUAAAACCAAUUCCAGUUUCUCCUUAAUGUAUUCUUGCAUGCCUACAGCCCACAUUACAGGACUUUACUGUAUCUCUCCUCCCACUGUUCAACCUGUCAGGAUCCAACCUGCUCUAUCCUCAGACACUACAUUACACUCAACAUACAUAAGCAGUUGAUUGUGACUUCUGAUAACAAGUUCAGUUUAAGUUCUGAUAAAAAAGUGUAGUUAAAGUCCCAGCACUUCAAUGAUGAGUAGCCUAUAAAGACUAUGCUUCCACAAUAAUUCAGUUCUCAUGAAUUAUGAUGUAAAUCUACCUAUCCACCUGUUCCACUGUUAUCCAAGCUUGUCCGUUUCACUUCCUGUUUUUCUUUCGUUGGGAGCGAGGGACCUCUAGUGUUGGGCAUGUGUCAUGACACCCAAAGUAACAUGUUACUGAAUGUCAUCCAACGUAAUACCAUCGCCCAAAUGUCAACUCAUGUAUCUGAAUAAAAUGUAUAUAUUCACUAGUUAUAGUGCUCUGCUUGAGGACCAGGAGAAUGAUGAUAUGUUGCCAAUAUGUAGAUCAAAAACUAUUUUUAUGAGCUUCCAACCCUUACAGGAGCUACAUGUACGUUUUCGCAUUGUAGUAAUACAUACCUGAAGCUUUCCCAAGCAAGCAAGACCAUAAAUCACAGCGCAGGAUGCAUCUCACUAUAGAAAAACACGCACAUGCCAUUAAUUGAUAAUUGUUGCUAUAUCAUUACAAAAAUGUAUAUGAAUUACAUGAAUUACUACCACAGUUAUUUAAUCGAAUGUAUGUGCAUGAUAACUCAUAUUUAUUUUAGUAGAAGCACAUAUUUAUUUUACAAGUAGAAGGGCUUUACAGGAUCAUAGUCAGUCACUGGAGCUUUUCACAUCUCAUUCUGAAGAGAAAAUGAACUGAUGACUUGCGUAGCCAAUUAAUGACAUUAUGUAUGCACUCUAACGUCACUUACAUGUAUUGUAUAAUUAACAUUAAUUCUCAGUUCUUCCUCAGUGAUAACAAGGUGCACAAAAUCUAUACACUGUUGACAGAAAAUCAUCUGGAAAAUGUACUGUAGGUCUACUUGAUCAUGUCUUCAAAGCCUCAUAAGCAUGUAUUUAUACAUAAAUUGUGUGUUUUCUCCAUUUUUAGUAUGAAAUGUGGAAUCUGUCCAAAAUGGCACCAUUUUCCCUUUUGCCAUUUCCCCUAUAUAGUACAAUAUAUAGGGAAUAAGAUGCCGUUUCAGAUGCAACCACAGUAGUUAUUUGGAACCAUCUUGAGUAUUGCCUCUAUUGAUUGACCCCUAACCCAACAUGUUACAAUUUUGAGAAAUUGUGUAAAGGCUGGCUUAUACUUAGUCUAAGGAUAUGUCUGUAGACCACUAGAUGGCGACCUCAGACAGUCAGUCGUUAGACCUACUGUAACGUAACCUUGAGAGUCGAGAACUAUAAAACAUACACACCAACCAAGCACAGUUCUACCACUGAAACACAACAAUCAGCAUCAAUCCCACUUUCAAAUAUUACAUUUUUCAUGCAGGUAAUUUAUAUAAAUAAUAAUAUAAGUCAAAUUGAUGGAUAUCCAAGGCACAUGUUUUUCACAAUUAUCAAUGCCUAUUGUUUUGCUUUAGUUUUUCCAGACUUACCUAAAUUCUGUAUGCAAUACAAAGUCUUCUAUCAUUGACAAGACAGUAGCUGAGACUAUCAAGACUCCUCUUCUGUUUAAGACGGGGUAAUAUUGCACUAUUUUCCUUUUAUGUCUGCUUUAUAUUUAUAAUGCUAUAAGUGCACUAAAUGUAACUCUGCAGUUCCCACCACCUACAAUACUGAGUAUGAUGUCUGGUGUGAUAACCCAUGUCUAUGACUUCAGAAAAGUCAACAAUUGAAAUGUCCUACUACUGUACCUAAUUAUGUACAGAAUGCAUCUGACUUCAAUAGCACAUUAGGAAAAAUGAGAAACAAAAUAAAUAAACUGAACGUUUUAUUGAUGCUUA